AUGAAGAAGAAGCUUGAUACUCGCUUUCCCGCUGCUCGCAUAAAAAAGAUCAUGCAAGCUGAUGAAGAUGUUGGGAAGAUUGCCAUGGCAGUGCCAGUUUUAGUGUCUAAAGCGUUGGAAUUGUUUCUCCAAGAUCUGUGUGAUCGUACCUAUGACAUAACUGUGCAAAGAGGGGCAAAGACCGUUAACUCGGUGCAUCUGAAACAUUGUGUGCAUAGUUACAAUGUGUUUGACUUCCUUAAGGAAGUUGUCAGCAAAGUUCCCGACUAUGGUCAUUCUGACACCGCAGCUGAUGUCACGAAGAGAAGGAAAUUAGUUGCCAAUGAAACCAACGAUAGUGAUGAAGAGUCCAAAAGGAACAGCGUGGACACAAGCCACACGAGCAGCGGCAGUGGGAGAGGAAGAGGGCGGGGCCGGGGGAGAGGGCGGGGCCGUGCCAGCCGAGCCACUGAGACUCAUCUCGAGGAAAAGAACAAAGAUGAUACUGAUGGUGGGGCUGAGUCAACCAAAUCCGAUUUGAAUGUCGAAGAUGAAGAAUCAAAAGAAAAGGCUUCAGCUGCUGAUGUCAAAACGAGGUUCGGGCUUUUGCUGCGCUGCGGACUCGCAGAGGGGACCACGACUACGAGCGCCUCCUUCAUAGUGGAGCCCUUCCGUCCUCAACUUUUUAGGGGACGACGCGGCCAUUCAGGGCUGGACGGUGCGGCAGUUAGGGGUGGAGGGUAUCUCGAUGUUUGA